CGUGACCCACGUGACCGUCGAGCAUCCAGUGCCGGGUCCUGACUUCCUCGUCUAUCUUCGGUAAUUGCGUUACUUUUCGAGCGUUGCACAGUCCCAUGACUGCUCAACGGAGAAACGGACCAUCGUCAGCAUGAAAAAAACAAUCCAUUGUUUUGUUUUCAGACUUGGUUUGGUGAAAGAAAGAGAAUCCUUCUGGAAGUACAGUUCAAUUUUGCCAUGUUUAUAUGAUUCACAUCAGGACAUAAAAAGUUGUACAGAUUCUACUUUGCUGCCUUCUUUUUUCUUUCAUCUGUGUUAAGCUUGAGUAAAAUGUGACAACUGUUAGGCUGUAAAACUUGUGUAAGGCAACAGGAAAGGUGUGUUUGUACUCACAGCAUGCUGUUGUAGUCUGAUAGUUGGAUGAUGGGGUGAGGAGGAGUCGGCUGCUGUGAGAAUCAGGGGCUAUAAAAGGCUUUUUCUUUGGCCACAGCCAAACAUCCUGAACCACAGCAGAUCCUGCUCCCGUCUGGACCUGAGGACCAAACCCAAACGAAGGCAGCAUGGAUGUAAGCAGUACAUCAAACUCUCAGAUCCCCACACUGCAUGCGGACGCUCUGUGUGGCGGCUGCCCGCCCUCUGGUUCUGCUCCGCAGUCCGGCGGCCUCUGGCCCACUCUGCCGCCGUCCGGAGCCGGGUUCCCCGCGUGGCCCGGUCAGCCCACCCAGCCCGUGCCGUGCUGGACCGGCCAACCAAACACCGCGUGCUGGCCCGCUCCCCAACCGGCUCCGGUUUCAGUUCCCGCUCCUAUUUCAGUUUCCGCACCGACUCAAGUUAUAACGCCACCGGCACCGACCGCAACCUUGGUCCCAGCGCCAGUUCAGGUUCCGACUCCCGCAGUCCAGCAGCCCUGUCAGCCAUGUUGGCCAGCCACGCAGUACCAGCCGUCCCAGCAGCCGGCUCCGAUUCAAACCCAGGUGCCUGCUCCAGCUCCGGGCGCCACCACCAUCCACCCGGGCUUACCCGGCUGGCCUGCUCACCCUGGCUGGCCUUAUAACCCAGGACAGUCAGGAUGGCCCGGACAGAAUCCGUCUAUGAUGGUGCCCCACUGGCUUCCCCCCACAUCUGGACCUAUGAGUGUGCCGUACAACUUAAACCUGGCUCGAGGAGUAUAUGACAAAAUGAUGAUGACAAUCCUGGGUUAUGUCAAAGCCAAUGCCAACAUGUUCACAGUCAACUUCCUGAGAGGCAACGACAUUGCCUUUCACAUCAACCCACGCUUUAACGAGGGGGGCAAGCAGGUGGUCGUCAGGAACCACAAAUUGGGAGAUCGCUGGGGCCCGGAGGAGAGGGACCUUAAGGGACCCUUCCCUUUCGCUCCUGGGAGCCCGUUUGAGAUGAAGAUCCUUUGCACUCCCGAGACGUUCAGGGUGGCGGUGAACAACAUCCCGCUGUUCGAGUUCCGCCACCGCAUCCGAGAGCUGAACCAGAUCGACCGGAUCAACAUCCUGAACGACGUCGUCCUCACCUACGUCAACGUGGAGACGCUUCCUUAGAUUCUUGUGCAACUUUUCACUCCGAAAAAAAGCACGGAUUAUCGGCUAAGUUUAAGAAAUGUGCUUAAAUCUAAACAUUUUUAUUGCAGUUUCCUGAAACAACUGACUAAAGAAAUGGUGAACAACUUAGAUUGUUUUCAGAAUGAGCUUUAACUUAUCUCUUGGGAGGAAAAAAAAAUCUAAUAGCAUUGGCUGUGUUUACUUCUAGGGGUCAGCAUGAACUAAUGGUAGCAUUGCUUUUUAAUGAUUCACAUAUCCAGGUCUUUUUCCAGGUUUUAUGUCGCAAAUAAUACAAACUUG